AUGGCUUCACUCACCCAAGGUCGGCGAUCGCGCCGUGCCGCUCCCCGCAGGAGCUACGUUGUUGAAGAGACUUCCGAGUCGGAGGACCCCGGCAAUGUGACCCCAACUGCCUCUACUCAAGAUGACGACAAUGAGACUGGAGAGGAGGAAGAUUAUACCCCUGUCCCAAGAAAAACGAAGCGCGCCUCCCAAGCAAAGCGCAUGACACUAGAGCCCACGACCCCGUCCACAGUGAAACCCGCGCGCAAACGACAGUCGACCGUCGCAACCGAGGACUCAGACGCCUCACAGGUUGAGGAGGAUGAAGAAGAGGAGGAACAGACCGAUGAGAACGACGAGAAUGACGAAAGCAUGGCAUCCAUGGUCGCUGACCCCGAGUCCCCCUCCAACCAUGCGGCACUGAAGAGGAAGAGCUUGGAGCCUGCAGAGGCGGAUCCUGAUUCCCCUUCCAAUAAGGCGGCGAUAAAAAGACACAGUAUGGCCUCCCGCAAGAGUCGUGGCUCAAUCACGCCCAAAAUGGGAAAGGGCUCACUCCCUACUCCAGAGCCGUCCGCAUCGCCAGAAGCGACACCGCGCGCGAACCGUGAAAGCGUGCCUCCCCUCGCCGAUAUUACCCACACGCCGGCUGUCAACCAACCGACACCCUCCAAGUCGUCAGAAACCCCGAAGACCAUCUCCUACAUCAACCCGAACUCGACAGUGCUAGAGAAGCCUAUGGAUAUUGUGAUGAAGUCUAGAAACAUGGCAGGACCUACUAUUCCCGAAGAGCCCGCGGAAGCUAAGCCUCGCAUGAUCAUCCAGAACUUGAUUUUGGUGAAUUUCAAGAGCUACGCGGGCAAGCAGGUCGUUGGCCCAUUCCACGCUUCUUUUUCGUCUGUAGUUGGGCCCAAUGGAUCGGGCAAGUCCAAUGUUAUUGAUUCCUUGCUCUUUGUGUUUGGCUUCCGUGCUAGCAAGAUGAGACAGGGCAAGAUUUCGGCACUCAUCCAUAAUUCCGCCCAACAUCCCGAUCUCCCCUUCUGUGAAGUGGAGGUGCACUUCGAGCAAGUCCUCGAUCUUCCCGAGGGUGGCCACGAAGUUGUCAAAGAUUCCCAACUGAUCGUUUCGCGUCGCGCGUUCAAGAACAAUACCAGCAAAUACUAUAUGAACAAGAAGGAAACCAAUUUCACUGCCGUGACAACAUUCCUUCGCGAACGUGGCAUUGAUCUCGACCACAAGCGAUUCCUGAUCUUGCAAGGUGAGGUCGAAUCGAUCGCCCAGAUGAAGGCGAAAGCCGCCAAUGAGCAUGACGAAGGCCUUCUUGAGUAUUUGGAGGAUAUCAUCGGAACCUCCAAAUACAAGACUCCCAUCGACGAAGCCGCAGCCGAGCUGGAAUCCCUGAACGAAGUCUGCGCUGAGAAGAACAACCGUGUUCAGCAUGUUGAAAAGGAGAAGUCUGCCCUGGAGGACAAAAAGAACAAAGCGCUCGCCUAUAUACGCGACGAAAACGAAUUAUCCCAGAAGCAAUCAGCUCUCUACCAGAUUUACAUUGACGAGUGCGCUGAUAAUGUCCGUGUCACGGAAGAGGCCAUCCUCCAGAUGCAAGAGCUUCUGAACAUGGAGCUUGAGAAGCACGAAGGCAACGAAUCGGGUAUCAAGGAACUCGAAAAGCUCUACAAGCGUGGUGUCCGUGAAUGGGAGACUAUGGAUAAAGAAGCGCAGAGCUUAAUGAAGGAAAUGGCCAAGUACGACAAAGAAAACGUCAAAUUCGAAGAAAAGAAGAAGUUCUUGCUUGGCAAGCAGAAGAAGCUCGAGAAGACCAUGCAAACGACCCGCCUCGCAGCUUCUGAGUGUCAGAGCUUGGUAGAGAAGUACUCCGAUGAUAUCGAGAAGAAAACGAAGGAGACGACUCAGCUCGAGCAGGAGAUGCAGCAGGAGGAGAAGGAGCUAAACUCCAUCCGAGAAAGCCUCAAGGGCAAGACUCAGGGUCUCUCCGAUCAGAUUGCAAGCAAGCAAAAAUCUCUGGAGCCCUGGAACGAGAAGAUCAACGAGAAGCAAUCUGCUGUUGCCGUCGCGCAGAGUGAACUUGAUAUUCUUCGUGAGCGGAGUAAUGCCGGCGCCGUUUUACUGAGGGAGGCCCAGAGCAAGAUUGGCACGAUCGAGGAAGUCUUGCAAGCUAAACAGAACGAUCUCGAGGAGCGCCAAGCCCAGAAAGAGACUCUGGAGGCUGAAGUGGAGAAGCUGAAGAGCGACCUGAAGAAAUACGUUGCCCGCGAGCCUGAAGUCCGUGCACAUGUUUCUAGCGCUCGCCAAAAGGCCGACGAGGCCCGAGGCAGCCUUGCAAGCACCCAGAACCGCGGCAGUGUCUUGACAGGAUUGAUGCGUCUCAAGGAGUCCGGUCGUAUCGAUGGCUUCCACGGCCGUUUGGGUAACCUGGGAACCAUCGACGAGAGGUAUGAUGUUGCGAUUUCCACAGCAUGCCCAGCUCUUGACAACAUGGUUGUGGAGACGGUGGAAGUUGGUCAACAAUGCAUUGACUACCUGCGCAAGAACAACCUCGGUCGAGCCAAUUUCAUUCUUCUAGACCGCCUGCCUCGCCGUGACAUGUCAACGAUCUACACUCCCGAAAGUGUUCCUCGUCUCUUUGAUCUGGUCAAGCCCAAGGACGAAAAGUUCGCGUCAGCCUUCUACAGCGUCAUGCAAAACACGUUGGUUGCUAAGGACCUCGAGCAAGCAAACCGCAUUGCUUACGGUGCCCGCCGGUGGCGUGUGGUAACUUUGGACGGCCAGCUGAUUGAUGUUUCUGGAACCAUGAGUGGUGGUGGUACCCGUGUUGCAAGAGGCGGGAUGUCCUCCAAGCAAGUCGCCGACACCACUAAGGAGCAAGUCACUCGUCUGGAGGCAGAUCUGGAGGAGCUAGAGCGAAAGUUCCAGCACUUCCAAGAGAAACAGCGAAAUGUUGAAUCCCAAAUGCGGGACAAGACUGAGGAGAUCCCGCGUGUCGACACAAAGAUUCAGAAAAUCAUGAUCGAAAUCGACAGUGCCAAGCGUAGUCUUGCCGACAGCCAGCGACGUGUGAAGGAGCUGAGUGCGGCGCACAAACCUUCCAAAACUGAUGAAGCUCAGGCAUCUGCUCUCGAGGAGCAGAUUGCCGCCACGAACGAGGAGAUCGAAGACCUUAACAACCAAAAGAGUGGCAUUGAGGAGGAGAUCCAAGAGCUUCAAAGCAAGAUUAUGGAAGUCGGUGGUGUUCGUCUACGCGGACAGAAGGCCAAGGUCGACGGUCUCAAGGAGCAGAUCAGCUUGCUGGCCGAGGAGAUCUCCAACGCCGAGGUCCAGAAGUCCAAGAACGAGAAGCUUAUCAACAAGCACACCAAGGCGCGUGAUGGAUCUGAAAAGGAGAUCCGUCAGGUCACCGAAGACUUGGAGAAGCUUGAAGCCGAUGUGGAGAGUCAGACCAAUGACGCCUCUGGCUGGCGACAGAAGGCCGACGAGGCCCAAGAGGCUCUUGAGACAAAGAAGGGCGAGCUGAAGGCUCUUAAGCAGGAGCUUGACGACAAGGUAGCCGAGCUUAACGAGACCCGUGCCACCGAGAUUGAAAUGCGCAACAAGUUGGAAGAGAACCAGAAGGCCCUCAGCGAAAACCAGAAGCGCAGCCGUUAUUGGGAAGAGAAGCACUCCAAGCUGUCUGUGCAGAAUGUCAACGACCUGGGCGAAGAGCAAGACCCCAUCGAGCUGCAAGUAUUUACCAAGGACGAGCUGGACGCGAUGAACAAGGAGUCUCUGAAGGCUAUCAUUGCUGCACUGGAGGAGAAGGUCCAGAACGCUUCUGUUGACUUGUCAGUCCUUGAAGAAUAUCGCCGCCGAACUGCGGAGCACGAAGCUAGGUCUGCCGACCUGGCCGCUGCUCUGACAUCCCGCGACAGCGCGAAGGCUCGCUUGGAUGGUCUCCGAUCAUCUCGAUUGAACGGAUUCAUGGAGGGCUUUGGUAUCAUCUCUCUCCGUCUGAAGGAGAUGUACCAAAUGAUCACUAUGGGUGGUAACGCCGAGCUAGAACUGGUCGACUCCUUGGAUCCCUUCUCUGAGGGUAUCCUCUUCUCGGUUAUGCCCCCAAAGAAGAGCUGGAAGAACAUUGGCAACCUGUCUGGUGGUGAGAAGACACUGUCGAGUUUAGCGCUGGUGUUCGCCCUCCACCACUACAAGCCGACACCACUCUAUGUCAUGGACGAGAUUGACGCUGCUUUGGAUUUCCGUAAUGUCUCUAUCGUGGCCUCCUACAUUAAGGAACGGACGAAGAAUGCCCAAUUCAUCGUCAUCUCCUUGCGAAAUAACAUGUUUGAACUGGCCUCUCGUCUUGUGGGCGUCUACAAGGUCAACCACAUGACUAAGAGUGUUACGAUCGAGAACAGAGACUAUAUUGAGGGUCGGUAA